AUGGAGAAUGUGCCUUAUUCUAAUGCCAUAGGAAGCAUUAUGUAUGCGAUGAUUGGAACAAGAUGUGAUCUCGCUUAUGCUGUUGGGUUAGUGAGCAGGUACAUGUCAAGACCGGGUCUGAUGCAUUGGGCUGCAGUUAAAUGGGUGCUAAGAUAUAUGAAGGGAACAAAGGAACACAAGCUAGUGUUCAGGAAGAAUGGAAACUUCAAGGUAGAAGGUUUCUGCGAUGCUAAUUUCUCAACAGAUUUGGAUAAGAGGAGAUCGAUCAGUGGUUAUGUUUUCUCAGCUGGAGGGAAUGUCAUUAGCUGGAGGUCAUGUUUCCAACAUGUGGUUGCUCUUUCUACAACAGAGGCGGAAUACAUGGCGCUUGUGGAAGCAGUUAAGGAGGCAAUUUGGUUGAGAGGUUUGUCUGAAGAGAUGGGUUUUGAGCAGGAUUCAGUGAAGAUCUGGUGUGCUUCACAGAGUGCGAUGUGUUUAGCCAAGAACAACGUUCAUCACGAAUGGACUAAACACGUCAGCAGGAAACUCCACUUCAUCAGAGACAUCAUCGAGAAAGGGGAAGUGACAGUUGAGAAGAUACACACUUCGAAGAACCCUGCAGACAUAUUAACUAAGGUCGUUCUUGUGAAGAAGUUUGAAGCGGCUCUGAGGGUUCUCGGAGUGGCCAAGCACUGA